AUGGACACUCGAAUCGCUGGGGCAAUCUUCGUUCCGCACGAUACUAGAUUCCCAAUCAUCCUCCCGAAGGGUCAUCGCCUCACCAACCUGGUCGUAGAGUGGUAUCACCGACAUUAUCUGCAUGCGAACAAUGAAACCAUUAUCAACGAGGUCCCCCAGCGAUUUCACGUACCCUGUCUCCGAGCACUAGUCAGGAAACUCUCCAGAACCUGUAUGCAGUGCAGAGUGUCAAAGGCAAAACCGCUGUGCCCACGUGAAGCACCACUUCCUGAUGCGAGACUCAGUCCAUAUACUCGACCGUUCAGCUAUGUUGGACUGGACUACUUCGGUCCCAUUCAAGUCAAGGUCGGACGUUCUCUGGCCAAACGAUGGGUGGCGCUGUUUACGUGCCUCACCAUUCGGGCCGUCCAUCUGGAGGUGGUACACUCCCUUUCCACCGAAGCCUGUAAGAUGGCGAUACGACGAUUCGUAGUGCGGCGUGGAUCACCGUUGGAGAUUAGAAGUGAUAACGGCACCAACUUCCUCGGAGCCAACCGUGAGCUACAGCAUCAGAUCCUGGAUAUGAACCAACAGCUAUCCGCCGUGUUCACCAACGCUGCCACCAAGUGGGUAUUCAAUCCUCCGUCCGCUCCCCACAUGGGUGGUUCGUGGGAGAAGCUCGUCCGGUCGAUCAAGAUCGCCUUUUCGUCCCUGAAUAGCAGCAGAAACCCGGACGACGAAACUCUUCUCACAUUGAUGACCGAAGCGGAAGGAAUAGUCAACUCUAGACCUCUGACAUUUGUAUCACUGGAAGCGGAAUCGCAAGAAGCUCUCACGCCAAAUCAUUUUCUGCUGCUGAGCUCGCAGGGAGUUACUCAACCUCCGAAGCCUAUUUCUGGAUGUACUGAAUCUCUUCGGACCAACUGGAGACUGACCACUAACCUCGUGGACCAAUUUUGGAGCCGCUGGGUGCGAGAGUAUCUCCCGACCAUUGCUGGUCGUACCAAAUGGUACGGAGAGGUGAAAGAACCGAAAGUUGGAGACCUAGCUGUCGUCGUGGAUCUGUCUGUCCGAAACGGAUGGCUGCGAGGACGUAUUGUUUCCGUAAUGAAGGGGAGAGAUGGGCGAAGCAGACAAGUUCAAGUGAAGACGUCAGGAGGAGUGAUGCGACGACCAGUGACUCGGGUUGCCAUCUUGAACAUCAAGGCCUCGGAAAACACUGAAGCAGGAAGUAACGCAGUACCACCGGACUCGAUGGACGUGCAUUACGGGUAG